CAAUCAGAGAAGAAAGAAGUGAAGCUGACAGGCUGCUCAGAUGAAGAGAGUGAAGUGAGGAGUUUCCUACAGUGUCUACCUUAUAUCUCAGGGCUCAGACUGAAUGAAGAGAGUUUCCAGCAGCUACUGGCCCUCCUCCAUGAAAUCCAGGAUGAGGACUUGACCUGUUCCUUCUUCAGUAAGGUUGGUGGAGACCUGACCUCCUGCUGUCUGAACUGGGAGGUUCUUCGGUAUCUGCUGCAGCAGUCAUCAGCUCAGACCAUCACUGUGAACCUGAGGAAGAACUGCUUCUUACAGGAGAGAAUCACACAUCUGCUUCCCUUUCUGGACAGGAUUGUAUUCAAAAGGCCCAGUCCCAGCUUUGUGUUGACUGCCAUCAGAGAGAUCUAUAAAGCUCAAACCCGUCACAUGAUACCCAGUUUACUGAGGUCAUUGGAUCAUGUGAUCAACCUGACCUGUAGAGAGCUGGACUCAGUGGACUGUGCUGCUCUACUCUUCAUCCUUCAACACAGUGACAGAGUUAAAGUAAACCUGCAGUGGACCUCCAUACCAACAGAGGAAAUAGAGUCCAUCCUCUUUACACUGGACAAAGUCUCUCAACUCAGUGUUGACAGGAAUCUGUUGCUGAGGUUCCUCCACUGCUGUUCUGCCUCUGACGCCCAGCAGGGGGCAGCAUCAGGCCUGCUCAGGACUCUACAGCACAGGCUGGAUCUGUCCUGCUCCUCCUGUGUGGAGCUGACAGAGAAGGUUCAGUCUGAGCCUCUGAGUCUGACCUUUGCUGACUGCAGUGCCGUCUCCACCAUCCUGAGACACAGCAGCCGCAACACACAGCUGGACCUGAGAGACUGUGAGGUGGAAGACAGCAGUCUGGACCAGCUGUUUCCUGUCCCAGACAGAGUCCGUCUCCGAGCCAGUAAAGCUGUCCUCCUCCAGCUGGUGUCCCUGGUUCCUGGGAGCAGUGACAGGGACACAGUGAGACGGGGAGAGUCCCUGUGUAGAGCCCUGGGUGGAGAGCUGGACCUCAGUCACACCACACUGGAUCAGAGCGCCUGUGAAGGUUUGGCCCAGAUGCUGGACUCCUCUGACAGGCUGACAGAGCUGGACCUCAGUCACUGUCAGCUCACUGACCAGCUGCUGCUCACACUCAUCACACAUCUGCACAAAGUCCAAGUCCUGGAUCUGAGUCACAAUAAGAUCACAAAUACUGCGACACACAGGUUACUCCAGCUGGUCUCCAUCAAUCCUUCCAUUGAAGCUGUGCGACUCUUCAACAACAACAUUGUGGACAGAAGUCCCUUUAAGAAAGACAAGCGGUUUGAAAUAUGGUGAACCAGUCAUCAGUGUGGUGGUAACGUGGUGAUCAGGGAAUAAUUGUCUUCUUGUGAUCAUUGGAUGAAAACAUGCAAGAUGCUGAUACAGUAUGAUAAUCAUGUAAUUCCUGUAUUACUGCAGUCCAAGUACAAAUACUGUCUUCAGUAGUUUACAAUAUAGUGACUUUAGGUUUGACAUGACGAUCUCUGCCUUAAACUGUUUUUUAGAUCUUUUUUUUUUUUUUUUUUUUUAAAUCUAAUGAUUAAGAAGACAGUUUAUAUGGAGGCCAGGAUCAGCCAGCAAUACUAGAUCAAAUGUAUCUGGAGAUUAUGACUCAUCUCUUGUUCUUGAGGUACUUUAGAUUACUCUUUAUGGAGCUGAUAUUUAUGAUCCUGUGAUGAUUCUCUUCAUGUUUACAUAUCAGAUUGUUGUGUUGCGAUCGUGAUUCAAUUAUUUUUUUCUAUUGUGGCAAAACAAAUAGAGGCCAUAAACUAUUUAUCUUUAUGUAUUUAUGUGAUAACUGUCUCCUGGGAUGCAGGUUUUUGCUCCAGCGGGGACGAAUGACUCUGAUGAUAUCUUGAAGUAUUGAUGCAAUAAAGGCACGAUCAGGAGAUACAUCAAGAUAACU